CAAAACGCAAAGAGACCUAUUGUGCAGUAGACUAUCACGUUAGGCUAUGGUUUUUUUUUGCUCUGACUCAAGAGGUUGACCCCAGAACCCACCGAUUGAAGAAAACACCAUCCGCGGCAAAACCCGGUUCCUCGCCGGCACGAUCUAUGAAGCUCUUGCCCCGGGACCCUCUCUUGCUCCGGCGCCAGCUCCGGGACCUGGUGGCCCCCACCACCACUUCAACGGCGAGGCGCAGGUGAAGGAUUUCAUCCAAACCCUGCUUCACUACGGCGGGUACAACGAGAUGGCUGACAUUCUGGUGAACCUGAUGUCGUUGGCUACUGAAAUGGGUCGUUUGGUGUCGGAGGGUUAUGUUCUCACUGUAUUAGCUCCGAACGAUGAGGCCAUGGCGAAGCUGACGACGGAGCAGCUGAGCGAACCGGGUGCGCCGGAGCAGAUGUCAGGGGAUUGACGGGGGUUUUGUUUCCGGUGGAGGAGGUUAAACCCGAUUCGCAAACGGGUCAACCCGCUAAAGUGGUGGUUAAGCAUAGAAGAGAAACCGUAUACGCACACUCCUGUACUCUCUCAUCUCACCCGCUGAAAAGCUCCAAUUUUCUUUUGCGCGGGAUCAGUUUUUGCGAGAAGCUCUCUGCGAGAAGGCUCGAGGAGAGGGAUUCAGGAAGCUCUAAGCAUUACAAGCACCUCUGGCUGUCUUUUGCGUGUGGGAAGUCAAGCUGUGGCAAGGGAACCAGAUUGUGUAGAGUCCUCUCUUUAUCUCUAGUCACCAAAGGUAAUCACUUUCUCUCCCAAACCCAUUGCAUUGUCUUGAUUUUAUACUAUGUCACUCAAGUGUGUCUCUUGCUUUUGACAUACAAAAGAAUUAAGUUUGGGGGUUUGUCUUUCUGAACUUCUGUUUCUCUAAGGAAGUAACAUAUCUGGUUGUAUUUUGCUGUGGUUGGAUAUUCUGGGGGUCUGAGUUGGUGGUUGAAUUUAACCUUAGUAGGAGCUGAGGUUUGGUGUUGUGCUAAUGUGUGCAGGACACCUCUGAUUGAACCCAAUUGCUUUUUUUUUUUGGGUAAGCAAAAAUAUAUAUUGAAAGAGAGUACUAGGGGUACUCUAACCCAAGUAAAGAAGGAUAAAUACAAGAGGUACAGGAGAAAACCAAAGCAAAGAAAACAAAAAAACUGGCACCGAUUCCAGCCCACUAACAGAUACAAAAAAAUAGAUUUUCAAAGCAUAGGCAUUGCUGCUAUCUGCUAUCUGAAGAUGCCUAUUCAAAUAUCACAAAAUUCCUCAACAAUUCAGAUCAAAAUCAGUAAGCAGUAAUUAUGUUUUGAAGUUGCAUCUGUUAUGGUGAGGUUGUCCUUCACCCUUUCAAUUGGCUGGGUUCUUUGUGCCUUUAGAUUGUAGGGCUUGGGUGACUAUCCAUUGUAAUUUAAGGCUUAAUGUUUUUUAUUAAAGUUGGAGGAUUCAGCGCAAGUGUGGGAAUGGUUUUUCUAAUGUCUCCUUAGUUUUUCUUUUUCUAUUUGGCUUAUCUUGCAACUUAUUCGUGGGAACCAUUUGCUGAUUAAUUAUGUCCAAUGUAGUUUUAAUUUGAUAGAUUGAGAAAUAUGGAUCGAGAAUGGAUGUCUGCCAAUCGUUUGUCUCAGGAAUAUGAGGAUGGAGUGAAAAUGUUUAUUAGGUUUGCAGUUGAGCAUGAAGAAGACCCUACCAGAAUUGUAUGCCCUUGCUUAAAAUGUUGUUUUGCAAAGCGAAUUAGUGCGGCUGAUUUGGAAGAUCAUUUGAUAAUGUAUGGAAUUGAUCAAAGUUAUAAAUGUUGGACAAGGCAUGGAGAACUUGUCACAAUCUGUACCAAAGGAUGAGUUACAAGACGAUCCCCGUCAGGACAUACUUGCUAGAGCAUUAAAUGUCCCUGAGUACCCUGGUCGUGUCAGGGCUGCAGGGCUUGGAGUUUGCCAAAAACGAUACUUCUCGGGUAAAAAGCGCAGAAGAAUGAAUCCUACCGUUGAGGAAAUGGAUGACUUAAAAGCUCAGCUACAACAAAUGAAAACUAUGAUGUGUGAAAUGAGCAAAAAAUUGAAUGAUAAAGAAGCAAUGGACAAACAACAAUCUGAUUUGGUUGUUGCUAGUGUUAAAGAUAGUGCUUCUUACCACAUUCCUAAGGGAACAUCUCCAUGCGAUUUAAAGUUGUCAACCCCAACACAUCGCGUGGUUGGGAAGGGGCAAGUAUUUAAUGUUGAAGGAGCCACGUUACAUAAUAAGCCGUUGCCGCUGAACCAUAUUAAGGUUCUUAUGGAGAUUGCUGUUGAGCCAAAUGCAAAUUUGCCAGUACCCGAUGAUUAUGAAGGCAACACAAAAGUUGGUCAGGCAAUUGGAACAUUUUUAGCUUGGCCAAUCAACCUCAUUGGUCUCUGCAAUACGAAACCUACACAUGAUAAAGGAAAGGCUGACCUGCCGACCCAUACAAGUGAAUCAAUUUCAACACCUAAAAAGAAGAAAAAGAUUGACUCCAAGAAACCUUCCCCUGCAAAAAAUUCAUUGUUUGUGAUGCCUAGAAAGAAACCAGGAGUGUCGAAAAUUCAAAAGCCCUUUCCUGCACAAAAGUCGACAGUUGUGGCAUCUAACAAGAAACAAGGACAGGUGAAUAAUCAGAGGCCACCCUGCGCAGAAGCCCUUCCACGGAGUUGGUGAGACCACCCCACAUUGUACUUACCUUUCUAUACAUGUUGGUAAGAUGGACCCUGACCACCCACGACACAUAGUCAUGGAAGAAGAAAUAAUUGGUCAACCAUAUGAUGAAUAUCUUGGUGUAGAUCAAAUGAAUGAAGUUCUUUAUCAUAGGUGGCUGAGUGCCUCUGUUAUAUGCACAUAUGUCAGGUACUUGUAUUAUGAGUUGAUACUUAAAACUCAAAAGACCAGUCGAUUCUCAUUCAUGAGCCCACAUCUUACAACACGUUCUCCAAGAUGGACAAUCACAAUAUGUUGCUAAGGUGCUCAGUAACUCUCAAGAGGAAGGAAAAAUGUUUCUAGAACCUUGUAAUGUAGAGUUUUUUGCUGGUUUUUAUGAGUGAGGGGUGGCAGUGUGGCUUCGAGGUUGAGUAUGGCUCUAGGUGUGUACUGCUUCGUUCAUUAUCUUCAUGUCUAUAGUAGGUUUUUCUCUACUUCAGAUUGAAGAUUUACAUGGUAGUGUGGCUUGUGGUUGAUGGCAAUGGUGAUAUAGAAGUUGUGCUAACAAGCAUCCAUGCGUUGGCUUUGGUUUUCUCUAGGUUUAGUUUGUGUUUUUGUAUAUAUUUGGGGUUGUCUAGUUAUUUUUUGUUGACUUGCUUGGGAAGGAAAAGAGUACUCUUUUUCCUUCACUAGGGUUUUUCCCACUGGGUUUUUCCUAGGAAGGUUUUAAUGAGGCUCUGUAGACAUUUCAUGUGGUGUUGGAUUUGUUGUUCCCUUCUUCAUGAGAGAGUUGUUCUCAUGGAGUUCUUUCUAUUAAUAAUAUUUUUUAUUACAA